UGAGUUCACAUAGAGUUCUAAAGCUUUGACGUCACGUUGUCAUGGAAGCAGAAUUUUCUGUUCUAAACAAACGCGCUCAGCGAGAAAAAUGGCGUCGCUUUCAAUCGCUUCGUUGAUCUCUUUCUUCUUUGAAGAAAAAAAAUCCAUUGAGCGGGGAGAAAAUCAUUAUAAAUCGGAUCAUAUUGAGUCAUUCAGUUACCAACAGGGUGUUCUACGCGGAGAGGUCCAUGCAAGCAUGAAAAAAAAGGUCUACAAAGUCACGAUAUACCUAAAUGAGCAAUUUGACAUAAAAUCCACGGAGUGUGAAUGUCCAAGGGGUAAAUUCAAAUGCAGCCACGCAGCUGCACUUUUUAUCCACGGCAUUCACAACCUCAGCCGCACGGACAUCGAGUGCCAAUGGAGGAAGAGGAAGUCAAACAGCUCCCUGUCACUGCUGGCAGUCGAAGAAAUGUUUCCCCUGCCAAAGAAGUAUGUGGCGAUCUCUAGAACUCCUGAUGCAUUAGAUCGGUCUGCACUCUAUGAAGACUUGAAAGAGUAUGGUAGAUUCACUGGUCUGUACUGGCUUAUGAGCCCUGAACCAGCACCCGAAGCCAAACUGCCCAUUCCAACAAUUGAAGAAAUUAUUUAUUCAGACAAGUUUCUUCUUGGAUUGCUUGGUGCGUAAAGCCAAGGUCGACGAAAGGGAUAUCGUCUCAGUCAGUGAAAUGACUGUGGGUUAGUGAGACAACCCAACCUGGCAUCUUGCAAGAAGAGGAAGACCGACUGCAAGCAAUUUUGGCUCUGUUUUGCAGGCAAAAAGAGUCACUCCAUCCCUUCUGAAACAACUCCUUGGGGAGUAAGAUUUGUCCCGAGUUAAGGCAGUACAGUGGGGGGUAAACAAUGAAACAGAAGCUCUCAGAGCAUUUACAAGGUUAACUGGAAAGACUGUCCUGGAAACUGGAAUAUGGCUGGAUGCUUCUGGAAUUAUUGGUGCCUCCCCUGAUGGCCUAGUAGAUGAAGAUUCUGUUUUGGAAGCAAAGUGUCCCUACACGGAAAGAAACAUGACAAUUGAAGAGGCAGUCAACACCUGUCCCAA